CCACCUGGCCUACAGAAGGCUCGGGAGCCAGGAGUGGUCUCCACUUUCGGGUUCCUGGCUGGUGGGGAAGGGCUAGAAGCUGAGGAAAGGGAGGCCAUUGGGUCAAUGGCAUCUGCCUACUAUGAAUCCUCACCCCCAGGUGCGAAGGUGCCAUGCAGCCCCGGAUGCUCCUUAUCGCGGCCUUCUUGGCUCUCCUGGCAUCUGCCCGAGCUAACAAGACAGAGGUGCCCUUGCUGCUGGGCUCUGUGCAGAGCUACAUGGAACAAGCCACCAAGACGGUCCAGGAUGCACUAAGCAGCGUGCAGCCGUCUGAAAUGGCUGCACAGGCCAGGGGCUGGAUGGACAAUGGCUUCAGUUCCCUGAAAGGCUAUUGGAACAAGUUUACGGACAAGUUCACUGUCCUCUGGGGUCCUACCCUUGAGGCCCAACCAUCUCUAGAGCCUGAGCCUUGAGACCUCUGUGUCCCAAAUGUGCCCAUGCCCCCAUCCUGCUGCCUCCCCCGGGGGCCUUCCAGGUGGCUCCUGAAGGUUGCUUUAAGGGGAAAGUACUCUCAUGUCUUCACCCCUCUCCAGACCUCACCUGAACAUGCUGCCCCUAAUAAAGCUGGAUGAGAAGCUGCCAAA